AGUAUUUUUUUUUUUAGAACAUUUAAUAAGAGAUGAGUUGCCCUGACAGGUUGAGUGGUUCUUCACAUUUUUAUCAAUUGGAAUAAGAAUGACGAAAGCUGCGUCACACGCUCACUUCCUCAGGUAGGAGUGGAUAACCUUGAGAAAUACGCGCACAGUUUGGCUCUUAUCCCCUCACACACACACACACACACUUCAUUCAGCACCCCAUCUUCCCAUGCAGAGAUGCUGUGAUGGCCGGAAGUCUAUAACAACAAGUGAUCAUUUGUCAUUGUUGGUAAUAAGCAGCACUUUGUGCGUCACGGUGCGCCCCUGGACUCUCCACCCUGCAUGUCAAUUGUAGGCAGAGCAGCAUGUGAUCGUCCGUCCUCCAGUGUCCUGUGAGCGCUCACUCAGUACCACAGUGCUGCUCAGCGGAUGUAUGCAUGCCUCUCUACAGAUUUUCUCUCACAUCUGCGCUCACAACAAACCCUGGAUAUCGCCGCUAAAGACUCACGACCUGAAAUCACUCUUCAGCAUCGCCCUUACAGCCACAUCCAUCCAUCUCUUCUCCUCUCUCUGCCUGUAUCACUACCUCUCUCUUCCCACCAGUCUCUGUCUCGCUCUCUCUUUCUCUCUCUCCGCCCCCCAACCCCCCUCCCCGAACCCGAUGCCUAAAAACAGCAAGGUGACGCAGAGGGAGCAGAGCCAUGAGCACGUCACAGAGUCGGUGGCUGACCUGCUCGCGCACGAGGAGCCGUUUGACUACAAGAACAGCUCCCUGAACGUCGGAGGGGCCGCCGGGAAGAAAGUCCCGCAGAUAGAGGUGCCUGAAAAUGAUGGACGCCCUGCCUGGAACAGCAAACUGCAGUACAUCCUGGCCCAGGUGGGCUUUUCUGUGGGCCUGGGGAACGUGUGGCGCUUCCCUUACCUGUGCCAGAAGAAUGGUGGAGGUGCCUAUCUGGUUCCCUACUUCAUCCUCCUCCUCAUCAUCGGCAUCCCACUCUUCUUCUUGGAGCUGGCCGUGGGUCAGAAGAUCCGACGCGGGAGCAUCGGGGUCUGGAACUACGUCUGUCCCAGUCUGGGCGGGAUAGGGAUGUCCAGUCUGAUGGUGUGUGGCUUUGUGGGUCUCUACUAUAAUGUGAUCAUUGGCUGGAGCAUCUUCUAUUUCUUCCAGUCCUUCCAGUAUCCUCUUCCAUGGAGCGAAUGUCCGAUCAGAAGGAACGGGACCCUUGCCAUUGUGGAGCCAGAGUGCGACAAAAGCUCGGCCACGACCUAUUUCUGGUACCGCCAGACUCUGAACACCACCAGCACUAUCGCAGAGAGCGGCGGCCUCAACAUCAAAAUGACUCUGUCUCUUCUGGUGGCCUGGAUCAUCGUCUGCCUUGCCGUUAUCAGAGGGAUCGCCUCCUCUGGGAAGGUGAUGUACUUCAGCUCUCUUUUCCCCUAUGUGGUGCUGUUCUGUUUCCUGGUCAGGGGUUUAAUGCUGAAGGGGUCAGUGGAUGGUAUUGCCCACAUGUUCACUCCCAAGUUGGAAAAGAUGCUGGAGCCCCAGGUGUGGAGGGAAGCGGCCACCCAGGUCUUCUUCGCCCUGGGUCUGGGGUUUGGAGGAGUCAUAGCUUUUUCCAGUUACAAUAAGAUCGAUAACAACUGUCACUUUGAUGCAGUGCUCGUCUCUGUCAUCAACUUUCUCACAUCCAUUCUGGCCACGCUGGUGGUGUUCGCGGUGCUCGGCUUCAAGGCCAACAUCAUGAAUGAAAAGUGUGUCGUGGAUAAUGCAGAGAAGAUCGUGGGAUACCUCAACUCCAACGUCCUGAGUCACGAUCUAAUCCCUCCACAUGUAAACUUCUCCCAUCUCAGCACAUCAGACUAUGCUGAGAUGUACGGGGUCAUCAAGACUGUGAAAGAGGGCAGCUUCGCCCAGCUCGGUCUGGAGCCUUGUCUCCUGGAGGAUGAACUCAACAAGGCUGUCCAGGGCACCGGCUUGGCCUUCAUCGCCUUCACAGAAGCUAUGACUCAUUUCCCAGGAUCUCCUUUCUGGUCCGUCAUGUUCUUCUUCAUGCUCAUCAACCUCGGUCUGGGCAGCAUGAUCGGCACCAUGACUGGCAUCACCACACCUGUCCUGGACACCUAUAAGGUCCAGAAGGAACUUUUCACAGUGUGUUGCUGCAUCAUUGCUUUCUUUUGUGGCCUGCUGUUCGUUCAACGCUCAGGAAACUACUUCGUCACCAUGUUUGAUGAUUACUCAGCCGGACUGCCUCUCACUGUAGUGGUCAUCCUGGAAAACCUGUCUGUCGCUUGGAUUUAUGGCACAAAAAGGUUCAUGCAGGAUCUAGAGGACAUGUUGGGUUUCCGACCGUAUAAGAUCUAUUUCUACCUGUGGAAGUACGUCUCCCCUCUGUGUCUCAUUGUGCUCAUCUCAGCCACAGUCAUAGAGAUGGCCAUCAGCCCACCAGGAUACAAUGCCUGGGUCCAAGAGCUGGCUCAGGAACGCUUCCAGAGCUACCCUCCCUGGGCACUGGCCAUGUGUUUCGCUCUCAUCGUAGUGGCCAUGCUUCCUCUCCCUAUUGUCUUCAUCGCGCGACGCUUCAACCUGAUGUCAGACGGCUCCAACAAGCUGUCUGUCUCCUACCGUAAAACCAUGAUGAAGGAUAUUUCCAACCUGGAGGAGCAAGACGAAGCCAGAUUCAUCCUCGGUUCCAAACCCGGCGAGGUGCCAUCAUCAGUGCCGACACGUAAAAACUACCUGACUCCAGGAGGGACCAAACCUCUGGACCCCAACUCCUUGUCUCCAAACAGCUGCUACGGUACAAGCUACCAGAACGCAGCCAUCAGCCCCACCACACCGACUACACCGACCACACCGGCCACACCAGAGUCUGACUCUUGACUGCUGACCAAACACCCGUCUGACACCCAGUCCUGUAGCACAGUUUACCUUUCAGCCAUAAGGUCUCCACCAGGGGUCACUGCAGCGCAGAGACUCCCCACCACUGCCCAAAAAUAACGCCACAAAACUGUACGUAGCUGCCCAACACAAGCUUUGACACGUAACAUCAAGGAACCACCAGUAGCAGCAGAUCAAACACUGAAUUCAGGGUUAGACUGACGGUGACACACUGUACAUCUGUAUCUAUUUAACAUCACAUGAUUUAAGCCUUAGUAUAAGGAUCCUCAGCAGACACAACCUCCACACACAGUUUAAAGAUACAACCCUGAAAGAAUGAAUGUAGAGGAGUCGAUGUGCUCCCGCUGAUUGAACAGGUUUUCACUCAGUUCCAGUGUUGUAGUCAAGCGAGACCAAGUCAUGACCAAGACCAGAAUGUAUCGAGACCAACGACUAUGAGAGGUCGAGAUCAAGAUAGUAUAGCCUACUUAAGUAGUGAAUAUUCGGGUUUAGAUAGCCAAAUGUUAUUACAGAAGAUAAUAUAGUCAAACAAUCACAAACAUUUAGUGAUACCUCUGCAGUUGUGUUCUUGACCUGUCUGGAAAUAAAGCCCUCUUUGUCUGAGACAAGAAUCAAUUUGAGACCUUCAAAAAGGAGUCUUGAGGCCUAUAUCAAGCCCAAGACCAGUCUCGAGUACUGCUCACUGGCUCAGAGAGCCAAGGUGAAUGUGAGUUUAAUUAUUUUUGCAUUGCAAAUACAGUCAAACUCGAUUAGAUCUUAGUGAUUUCAGUGAGUCUGACAUUAAUGUCCUGAUGCCCUGAGCUAGAAAACACUUGUUUUCACAGGGCUGUUAUGUAUUAUAAACUGUCUGCUCUAAAGACGUCCAUUUAUGUUUCAUUCUCUUCUAUUCCCAUCUUCUGUUGUGUUUCGUGGGCAUUGUUCUUGUUCACCCUGUAAAACAGCAGUGUAUAGUAUAGUGAUACGAUAUAGGAUUAGAAUUUUGUCACAGUCUCAUCAUCCAUCACAUCAUCCAAUACUCGAGGAUAUCACUCAUUUCAGUUUGUCCACCACCAGAGAGUGACAACAAAGCACAUGAAACCCUCAUGUUUAUAUUGCAGCGUUUUACAUCGCGUACCACCUCAGAAAAAUAUUAUGCUCUCCAAUUACCACCAUCACAACAGAGGUUAAAAUAUUAGUAGUGUACAGCGACCAUAUUAGAUCACAUAGCAGGCAGGUUGCUCAAUCCUGAACAGAACCAGUUCAAGAAUCAGAUUGUUAAACUGGAGUUAAACGGGAACUCCUGAUCAACACUUUUCUUCCUAAUAUUUCCCGUUUGGAGCCAUGAACGCUUUUUGUGCUUCUGAAGCAUUCAUUUCACCUCCACUUACCAUGUCGCUGUCACAUGUGUGUGUGUGUGUUAGUGCGUGCUUACAUGCCUGAACAUGACCGAGCAGGUAAAUAACAUUUAAGCGAUCUCAUAGUCAUUUCGAUGUGCCCUGUGAUGAACUGGUGACUUGUCGAGGGUGAACCUUUCCCCAAAUGUCAGCUGUAAUUGGCUGCAGCCCCCUGCAACGAGGAUAAGCAGUUACAGAAAGUUUAUGGAUUUUGCAGUAUUUUCAUUUAUUUAAUUAAAAAAACAUAUAUAUAUUUCCAUGUACCGCUUGUUGAGGCGAUCUUAAUUCACCUCCCCGAAUUGGUUGAUGCAAGAUGAGCACUCAAAGGAUGUGGAUUCGUUCAAAGUAUUUAUUCAAUUAUAACAAAAGCUUUUGGAGAUCUCACCACAGAAAAUACAUCUGUUACAGCAAUGAGCCAAGUGAGAUUUGAGGAGUCCAUGCUGCUCUGUCUUAUUAUACUCUUCUACACCUGUCCACUGACAUCACUUCCUCUCUUCCUGAUCCAUACGUGGCUGCCCUAUAUGGUUAUAUUUCUUUGAAGUCUUUAGCUGCUUAAAAUAGGAUGUUUCCCCCUCCUAAGGGUGCAGUCCUUUUGCUCUGUCUGUGCAAACCUUUCUGAGACAUUCCUGAAAUAGCCAGUAGAAGAAAUACAAGUUGUCAGCAUGAGUGUGUGUCCCUGCUGAGUUGCACACUUCUUACUGUUACAUUCAUUUGCUUCAUUAUACAUUCUUUAAGCAUUGUGAUUACUUGAAUAGCUAGUGUGUUUGUUCUGUACAUCUAUAUCCACACGCUAGAGGGAGGUUGCCUACCACCAGGGCACACGGACCAUAGUUUGAGAAACAGUGUAUUACAGACAAGACACGCUGAAUUGUGUUGAAACUACAAAGAGCUCGGUACAGAAAGCACAACCUUGUUGUGAAAUUAAAACAAAAGCACAAAGAAGAUUUUACACAAUUGUUGUGCGUACAUUAAUCAUUAACCCAACCUGCUCACAUAUUUGUUUUGAACAUUUAUGCACAUGUUGAAUUUAAAAUUAUUGCUGCUGUCAAAUAUAUCCCACACAAUGUCUAAGCAAUAUAUAUAUAGAUAUAGAUAUUUAUGCUGGAGCACAAAGAAUGCACAAACUACGUUCGCUAUGGGGACAAAAACAUAUAAAAACAGCUAUGGACCAAAAGAUUUAGGAAAAAAAUCCAAAUUAUGUAAUAUUAAACUCAUCAGCUAACUUAUAUAAACCUCUGUAAACCUUCAUACACAUAUGCUCAAACGCACACAUGCACGCUGUUUGUGGAUAAUAAACCACUGGAAGUAUUAUUGAAGCAGACAGUAAUAUUAACAUAUUUCACACUGCUGCUCCUUUGUGAUGAAGAUCUUUGGCUCCUGGUUGAACUGAUGUUUAACCAGCUGACAGGUAAAGUUAAGACGGACGUAUUUCCCUCAACCUGUUUCAUGUUUGUACGCACGGAUAGUGAAUUCAAACUGAGCACAUUCAAGUUCCUGUUACACGGAAGAGGAUAUCUUUAUUUAUUUUUUUAUCACAAUAUUCAAAGCCAUGGUGUUGAGGAAUAAAUGGACUAUAUUUAUAUUCCUGUAUGUAUAUUUGCAGUGUGUGUAGGUGUGAUGAACAACAAAGAUUUAUCUUUUAAAAGUGACCAGUAUAUACAUAUACUGUAUAUUUUCAUCUUGUGUGAUGCUUAUUUAAAUUGUAUAUUUAAAGAUUUAUCUAUUUUGUAGUUUGUAGCUCGCUGUGGGGUGUGAAAAAUGCUGCUGGGAGGUGGAGGUUGUGUAUGAUGUCAAGUGUCGUCUUAUACGGGCAGCAGCUGGUUCUCUGUUGUGUUUCAUGAGAGCUGCUUGUUCUUCUGGCACCUGGUGUUCAGAGACGUCCAGUCACCCGUCUCCACUUUAGGUUUACUGGUCCACUUGUUUUUAGCCACACUAGCAUCACCUGUGUUAGAUGGGUUUUACCGUGACUUCUGGUGCCAUCUGCAGGUCUAAAUGUCAU